UUGGCGAAUCAGCGAAGAAUAACUUCCGGAAUCGUCUACUUCAUGGUUGUCAAGAUAGUUGGCCUGGGCAUUCCAUUUGUAGUUAUCAGUGCCUGUUUUGCUCUCAGGGUGGGAAAUACGGUGGUGUCUGAUUGUUGCUUAAUCAUCAUGUCCAUCUAUCCUAUAUUUGGACUGUGCAAUUCGCUUUGGAAAACAAAAUUGUCAAGUUCCCUGGACUGUAACUUUCGAUGUAUCUCUUUCAAAUAUCUUCAAUGUACAAAACCAGGAUACUUAUCAGGAAAAGCAUGUUGA